CGUUGAACCGUUGGCGUCGCGGCUUAUUGAUUGAACGAGAUCAGAUCCGCUUUGCGUCGUUCUUUUUGGCGUGGCGUCGGACAAGUAAGGUCGUGUUUAUCGUAAAUUGUCAAUAACGUCAAAAAAGAGUAUUUUUCAAACAACUUAAUAAUUUAUACAGUGUUAAAAUGAGACCGCAGCAGAAUGGUGAUGAUGGCUUUGAUGAGCCCGAAGUUCAUCGUAAAAUCUUUAUUGGUGGUCUAAACUACCGUACCACGGACGAAUCACUGAAGUCGCACUUUGAAAAAUGGGGCGAAAUCGUAGAUGUCGUGGUUAUGAAGGAUCCCAAGACCAAGAGAUCCCGUGGGUUCGGGUUCAUUACGUAUUCCAAGGCGCACAUGGUGGAUGAUGCGCAAAAUAAUAGGCCCCACCGCAUCGAUGGACGUGUCGUCGAAACAAAGAGAGCAGUUGCCAGGCAAGAUAUAAAGAACCCUGAGGCAGGUGCAACAGUAAAAAAACUGUUCAUUGGAGGUAUCAAAGACGAUCAUGAUGAAGAUCAACUGCGCGAGUAUUUCUCGAGCUACGGAACUGUACAGAAUGUCAGCAUAGUAACAGACAAAGCUACAGGAAAGAAAAGAGGAUUUGGUUUUGUUGAGUUUGAUGACUAUGAUCCAGUUGACAAAGUUUGUUUGAAUGUUCCUCAUAAAAUAAAUGGAAAACAAUUAGAUGUUAAAAAAGCUCUCCCUAAAGAUGGCUCUGAUCAGAGAGGAGGAAGGGGAGGUGGCCAAGGCAGAAAUGAUAAUUGGGGAAAUUCUGGUGGUUAUGGAAACAACCAGGGGGGUUGGAACAAUUCCAGUCCUUGGGACAACAAUCAAGGGGGAUGGGGUGGUAACCAGGGGGGCGGUGGUUACGGCGGCGGUGGUAAUGGUCGGGGGGGUUGGGGAAACCAAGACUUUGGCAACUAUGGUCAACAGAGCUAUAGCGGUGGGCCUACUAGGAACCAACAGUACAGCAACAACCGUUCCACACCUUACAGUAUGAACCAGGGUGGUGGUGGUGGCGGUGGCGGCGGCGGCUAUGGUGGCGGCAACUACGGAGGGGGCCAAGGGGGACGAGGAGGACGUUUUUAGAUUAAUGUUUCGUGCUAAGUACACUAGUAAAGCAGAGUUAACCGUGCUAGUGUAGGCAGUACGCUCCGGAGCACUAGUUACACACCUCAUGGUCCACACGCGAGACCACCUAGGAGAAGCCGUCAGGAUACCAAUAGACACAAUGUAGCUGGACCGUUAACUCGUUAUCUUAGACAAUUAAUAUGAAUAGAUAUAUUUCAAUGUGUACUGAUUUUGUAUGUUCGUCUCUAUUUAUUGUAGUACUUAGGUACUUAUCGUGACAUACUUUUAAGGAUUAUAGUUGAUGUAAAAUGAAAUUUAGUUACGUCUCUACAACUAAUUAAGUACAAUUUAGGAUUAAUCUUUGUAAGAAUUCCUCAUAAUUAAACGCUAGGUGAACAAAAUCAGAAUUGAUUAGAUGUUGACAUUUUCCUUUCUAAACUUCACUCAGUAUUUUCUUAGUAAGUUCUCAAAUAGCUGUUAAUUGAAUGAUUAUUAGGUUUAGUAUAAAAUUAUUGACUUAUAGGAUAAAGCUAAUGUAAAAUAAAUUUAAAUACAAAAUCAGUAGGGUUGUUUCUUUAGAUCUGUACAUAUUUACCUUUUUUAUUUUUUUUUGUCAGCCUUGCACAGUGACGUGCAUAUUGAUGGGUUGUUUCCCAACAAGCUGACAUUUUAUUUUGUCAUAAUGGUAAUAUUAAAGAAAAUAAAAUAUUAAGUGCUAUAUUUAUAGUGAGUGGUUUAGUUAUUUACCUGAUACUAUGAUCUCUAAUCUAAAAAAAAACAACUCU